CUCCGACUACAGUUCCAUCACCCCUCACGCAUUACUCACCACCCAACAUCUCUACGACUCACGUUAGCAUCCAAACCUACAUCUGACACUCCAUCCGCCACAUUCCCGCCGGAAAUGCCCCAAAAAUUAAGACUCGCCUCGGCACAAAGCCGAACCCUCUCCACAACCGCCUCCACACUAUCCGCGCUAGAGAGGACCACAAAGAGCGCCGCGCAACAAGGCGUUGACAUCAUCCUCUUCCCAGAAGCUUAUCUCGGCGGCUAUCCACGAACAUGCUCCUUCGGGAAUGCUGUUGGAGGACGUACUCCCGAAGGACGAGACCAAUUCCUACAGUACUUUCACGCAGCCGUCGAUCUGGGCGAUACGCCUGCCGGUGCGGGAGAUGACUGGAUAGACCGGAAACUUCCGCUUCCUGCGGGGAAGAAGUAUCGCGGUGAUGGCGUUCGCGAAGAGCUUGAGCGCAUCGCGCGCGAAGCUGGUGUUUUCAUCGUCACGGGAUUGGUUGAGCGGUGCGCGGGGACGUUGUACUGCGGAGUCGUGUAUGUGUGCCCGCGAUUAGGAGUUUUGGGGAAGAGACGAAAAGUCAUGCCCACGGGUGCGGAACGCAUGAUCUGGGGGCAGGGCUCACCUUCGACGCUGCGAGCUGUGACUACCGAGAUCAAGGGCGUGAGGUUGUGCAUGGCGGCUGCCAUCUGCUGGGAGAAUUACAUGCCUUUGCUACGGCAGAGCUUGUAUGCACAGAAUGUGAAUCUGUGGUUUGCCCCGACUGCAGAUGCCAGAGAUACUUGGGCGAGCUUGAUGAGGACAAUUGGAAUUGAGGGAAGGUGUGUGGUAUUGAGUGCGAACCAGUGUGUGAGGAAGAGUCAGUUGCCUGAAUGGAUCAAUGGUUCCAAGUCGGAAACUCGCGCUGAUGGGCAUGGGGAAAAUGGAGCUGAUAAAGUGGCCUCGAUGGAGAACGGGGGUGGUAGGAACAGAAGACAAAGUAUCAUCACAGUCACAAAGGAUCAUCACGAGAUCUGCUGGCCUGUCGUCGACAACAAAGACCAAACAUCAGGUCUCUCCAACGGUGCCGGCGACUCCUCUGCUAUAGAUUCUUCUCCCUCUUCACCUACUACGACCAAGCAAUCACAGGUCUCGAAACCUUCUCCACUGUCUAAUAUACAAACCCAGACAUCCACUGAUGCCGCCCACGACGACUUUGUCUCCCGCGGGGGGUCAUGCAUCGUUUCUCCCUUCGGCGAGCUGCUUUCUGGUCCUCUCUGGGAAAAGGAAGACGAGCUACUCAUUACUGAAGUCGAUUUCGAGGACUGUGAAAGAGGAAGAUUGGACAUGGAUGUCGCAGGAAGUUAUGGGAGAUUGGAUUCUUUCAAACUGAGCGUUGAAGGACUGGAUCUCAAUCCCCCUCCGUCAUGA